GGCGCGGAGAAGGAGCGGUGCGGCGGCGUGGAGGGCGAUGGUCGGCGGUGGAGCGGCGCGGCGGAGCUGGGGGGCCGCGGUGCUGGUGCUGCAGGCGGCCUGGGCGCUGGGCGGCGGUCCGGUGCGCUACUCGGUGCCGGAGGAAGCCGAGGCCGGCACGGUGGUGGGGCGCCUGGCGCAGGACGUGGGCCUGGAGGCGGGCGAGGCGGAGGCGCGGCGCCUGCGGCUGGUGUCGCGGGGCUUGGGGGCGAGCGUGGAGGUGAGCGGGGCGAGCGGGGCGCUGGUGGUGAGCUCGCGGCUGGACCGGGAGGAGCUGUGCGGGAAGAGCGCGCCGUGCGCCCUGCGCCUGGAGGUGCUGCUGGAGCGGCCGCUGCGCGUCUUCCACGUGGAGGUGGAGGUCACCGACAUCAACGACAAUGCCCCGCGCUUCCCCGCCGCCUCCAAAAACAUCAGCAUCGCGGAACUGUCGCUGCCCGGGUCGCGUUUCCCGCUGGAGGGCGCGUCGGAUGCGGAUAUCGGAUCGAACGCGCAGCUCUCGUAUACACUGAGCCCUUCCGAGCACUUCGCUCUGGAUGUAAAAUUGUCAGAUGAAGACAGGAAAUCCCUUUUUCUUGUGUUAACGCAUCCUCUGGACCGCGAGUCGCAGUCGGAGCACCGCUUGGUGCUGACGGCGAGUGACGGGGGCAGGCCGGCGCUGACGGGCACGGUGCAGCUGCUGAUCUCGGUGCUGGAUGCGAACGACAACGCGCCGCAGUUCAACCAGUCGGUGUAUAAAGUGCAGCUGCCGGAGGACGCGGCGGAAGGGACGCUGGUGGCGCGGGUGGCAGCCACGGACCCGGACGAGGGAAUUAAUCAGGAGUUUUCCUUCAGCAUCGUCGGUUCUGUUCCUGCAUCUCAGAGAGAUGCAUUCAGCAUUGAUCCGCGGACGGGGGAGAUCCGUCUCCGAGUCCCCCUGGACUUCGAAGAAUUUCGUUUACACGAGUUGCAAAUCGAGGCGAGAGAUCAAGGUUUUCCUCCGUUGUCGGGGCACUGCAGCGUGGAGCUGGAAGUCCUGGACGUGAACGACAACGCGCCCGAGGUGUGGGUGACGUCGCUGUCGGUGCCGGUGCCCGAGGACGCGUCGCUGGGGACGGUGGUGGCGCUGCUGAGCGUGUCGGACCGGGACUCGGGCCCGAACGGGCGGGUGCGGUGCGCGGUGGUGCCGGCGUCGCCGUUCGGGCUGGUGGCGACGUUCGCGGGCUCGUACUCGCUGGUGCUGCGGGAGGCGCUGGACCGGGAGCGGGUGUCGGAGUACGAGGUGGAGGUGCGGGCGGAGGACGGCGGGGCGCCGCCGCUGCGCGCCAGGCGCGGGCUGCGGGUGCCGGUGUCGGACGUGAACGACAACGCGCCGGCGUUCGCGCAGGCCGUGUACACGGUGCUGGCGCGGGAGAACAACGCGGCGGGCGCGGAGCUGGCGCGGCUGUGGGCGCGGGACCCGGACGAGGCGGGCAACGGGCGCGUGAGCUACUCGGUGUGGGAGGGCGGCGCGGGGAUGGGCGCGGGCUCGGGCUCGGGCUCGGGCUCGGGCUCGGGCUCGGGCUCGGGGUGGCGUCCGGCGUCGAGCUACGUGUCGGUGGAGGCGGAGAGCGGGCGGCUGCGGGCGCUGCGUCCGCUGGACUACGAGGAGCUGCAGGUGCUGCAGUUCGAGGUGCGGGCGGUGGACGCGGGGGAGCCGCCGCUGUGCGGCAACGCCACGGUGCAGCUCUUCGUGGUGGACGAGAACGACAACGCGCCGGCGCUGCUGCCGCUGGCGGGCGGCGGGCCGGGGCCCUGGGCUGCGGGCGAGGCGGCGGAGCCGGCGUGGCGGGCGGCGGGCUCGGCGGGCUCGGCGGGUUCUCCGGGCUCGGCGUCGUCGUCGUGGUCGCUGUGGGCGCGGGCGGCGCUGGGUGCUCCGGCGGGGCAGGUGGUGGCGAAGAUCCGCGCGGUGGACGCGGACUCGGGCUACAACGCGUGGCUGCGCUACGAGCUGCGGGAGCCGCGGGGCGAGGGCCCGUUCCGCGUGGGGCUGUACAGCGGCGAGGUGAGCACGGCGCGGGCGCUGGAGGAGGCGGACGGCCCGCGGCAGAGGCUGCUGAUCGUGGUGCGGGACCACGGGGAGCCGCCGCGCUCGGCCACGGCCACGCUGAGCGUGUCGCUGGUGGAGGGCGCCGAGGCGGCGCUGGCGGCGGCGGGGGCGGGGGCGGUGUCGGCGGGGGCGGGGCCGCGGGCGGCGGCGGGCGCGGAGGGCGGCUCUGCGGCGGCGGCGACGAACGUGUGGCUGGUGGCGGCCAUCUGCGCGGUGUCGAGCGUGUUGGUGCUGGCGGCGGUGCUGUACGGGGCCGGGCGCUGGGCGCCGCGGGCGGCCGUGCCGGCGGGGCCCGGGCCGGCGACGCUGGUGUGCGCCAGCGAGGUGGGCAGCUGGUCGUACUCGCAGCGCCAGAGCCGGAGCCUGUGCGUGGCCGCGGCCGGGGACGGCGCGGGCAAGAGCGACCUGAUGGUGUUCAGCCAACUGCCCGCCGCCGCCCGGCCCCGCGCCGAAGGAGACGCCGCACGACCCGCCCUCUCUGCUCGACACGGUCAGUGCCUCUCGCUCUUUCCUGGGGAGCAGAGGUUACCAGGAGACUGUGAGUAA